UGAAUAUUAACUCUUGAAAUAUCAUUCUCAUCAUGACAGACACCGUCGCAUCAACUCCGGCUCCAGUAGCAGCGUCGCCGGCUGCGAAGAAGUCUCCGACCAAAAAAAAGGUGGCCGCUUCAAAAGCCAAGAAGACAGUUGCGUUACAUCCGACCACGGCCGUGAUGGUCACUUCGGCUAUCAAGGAGCUUAAAGAAAAGAAAGGUUCGUCGUUGCCAGCCAUCAAAAAGUACUUGGCCGCCAACUACAAAGUCGAUCCCGCCAAAUUGGCGCCAUUCAUCAGGAAGUUUUUGAAAGCCGCUGUCGCCAACGGUACUGUCGUCCAGACUAAGGGCACCGGAGCUUCGGGACACUUCAAGUUACCCGUCGCUGAGGUCAAACCGAAAAAGGCCGUGGUAGCCAAAAAGAAAAAGUCCAUCGUCAAAAAAGUGAAAGUCGCCGGAACACCAAAGAAGAAGAAACUCGCGGCGUCAAAGAAACCCGCGACCGGUGAGCCAGCUGCCAAAAAAACCAAAAAGGUCGCUGCCACAAAACCCAAGGCAACUACACCAAAAAAGAAGACCCCAGCUAAAGCGAAAAAGCCGGCCGCCGCCAAACCCAAAUCCAAAAAAACACCGAUCAAGAAAACCGCUGCCCCCAAAAAGAAAUAAUAUUCUUCACUCACAUUCUCUCUUUAAAAAGGUCCUUUU